UGACACCAGCCAACCAUCCCCUGUCCGCCUGUAUUCAACAACGCGAAGCCACAGAAACACGAUCAAGGCUCGGCGUUUGAUUAUUGCGGAAUUUUUUUUGAACGGUCAACUUAUUUAUCUAGGCACCUUGGCCCCCGCCGCCCCGAACUCAGUCCGGACAGCAAUCAUCGAACCACGCGCGAGUCGCUCCGCAUGGAGCGCAGAAACACGUCAAUGGCGCCGCCAUCUCGACCAGGCGCCGGUCGCUCAAGCAUACGACCGGCCGGACGGAACCCAGCUCCCUCGUCACGACCAGGAGCCGGGCGACAGGCAGUGGCUUCGCGUAUGGUCCGGGCCGCGUCACCAGCGGAAUCAAUCGCGUCGGUCGCGACUUCCACGGCAGGCGCGAAGCGCAAGGAGCGCGACUUCGACCCCGACGACGGAGAGGCUACUAACAUCAAUGUCGUGGUGAGGUGUCGCGGCAGGAACGAGCGGGAGGUCAAGGAAAAUAGCGCGGUGGUGGUGCGGACGGAGGCGACCAAGGGCAAGCUGGUGCAGCUCUCGAUGGGGCCCAACGCGGUCAGCGACAAGACGUACAACUUUGACCGCGUCUUCUCGCAAGCGGCAGACCAGAGCAUGAUCUUCGAGGAGGUGGUAAAACCGGUUCUGGACGAGAUGCUUUCCGGUUACAACUGCACCAUUUUCGCCUACGGCCAGACGGGCACCGGCAAGACAUACACCAUGUCGGGAGACCUGACGGAGAGCAUGGGUAUGCUGUCCGAUAACGCCGGCAUCAUCCCGCGGGUGCUCCAGGCCCUGUUCAACAAGCUCGAGCUCGAGGAGCGGGAGCACUCGGUCCGGUGCUCCUUCAUCGAGCUGUACAACGAGGAGCUGCGGGACCUCCUGUCUUCGGACGACAGCGCAAAGCUGAAGAUCUACGAUGACACGUCGCGGAAAGGGCACUCCACUACCAUGGUGCAGGGCAUGGAGGAAAGGUUCAUUCUCAACGCCGGUGAGGGCCUCAAGUGGCUCCGCGAGGGCAGCGUCAAGCGCCAGGUAGCGGCCACCAAGUGCAACGACCUGAGCAGCCGGAGUCAUACCGUCUUUACCAUCACGGUUUACGCAAAGCAGAAAACGGAGAACGGGAAGACGGAGAGCGGAGAGGACUACCUGAUGCUGGGCAAGCUAAACUUGGUCGACCUGGCCGGCAGCGAGAACAUCCAGCGGUCGGGAGCCGAGAACAAGCGCGCCGCCGAGGCAGGGCUGAUCAACAAGAGCUUGCUCACCCUCGGGCGGGUCAUCAACGCGCUGGUCGACCGCAGCCCUCACAUCCCCUACCGAGAGUCCAAACUUACCAGGUUGCUACAAGACUCGCUCGGCGGCCGCACCAAGACGUGCAUCAUCGCCACCAUCUCGCCGGCCAAGAGCAACCUCGAAGAGACCAUCUCGACGCUCGACUACGCCUUCCGCGCCAAGAACAUCCGCAACAAGCCGCAGCUGAACGCGCUGACUAACAAGAAGACGCUGCUGCGGGACUAUGCAAUCGAGAUUGAGCGGCUCAAGGCGGAGCUAAUUGCCACUCGGCAGCGCAAUGGCGUGUACCUGUCCAACGAGAUGUACGAGGAGCUGACGGUGCAGAACGAAUCGCGCCGCAUCCUGACGGAGGAGCAGGGGGCCAAGAUUGAGACGCUCGAGACGAACCUCAAGAACAAGUUGCAGGAGCUCCUGUCGGUCACGUCCAACUUUAUGGGUCUCAAGAAGGAGCACGAGGGGACGCUGGCCCGGUUCGAUGAGACCAAGGAGCUGCUCGAGCAGACCGAGAUGGUCCUGGCGCGCACCCGGCAGGCCCUCGCCGAGGAGAGCCACCUCCGCAAGGCUCACGAAACAACCGAGGAGCAACUGGCCCUCCUGGGAGGCGACCUGAUCAGCACACUCGAGCGGACGGUCGGCGACAUCGACGGCCUCCGCGCCAAGGAUGAACGCAGGGUGGACUUGCACACACUCAACCGCAGCACGUGGGAGGCGUCGCAGGCCCGCGUAGCCGACAUCACGGAGCUCGUCGAGGGCCGCAUCGAGGAGUUCCGGCAGGGCCAGGAGGAGCACAUCUCGAGCGUCUCGCAACGCAUGCAGGCCUUCGUCAAGGAAGAGCUGGAGAAGCUGUCGUCCACCCAGACCUUCCUCGACGAGAACCUGGCCCGGUUCGCCGAGUCGAGGGCGCAGCUGGUGCGGCAGCAGGAGCGAUCCAGGGAGGAGAUGGACACGGUGCUGGAAGAGAUCAAGGUUGUUCGGGACAACGUGAAGCAGCGCGUGGGCGAGAGCCUCCAGGCCAUCGCGGCGGCGGCCGAGCGGAUCGCGGGGGACGUGCUGACCGAGCUGAGCACGUUCCACGACCAGCUGCACGCGUCGUACAGCUCGCUGGGCAAGGACUUCAAGUCGGCCUUUGAGGAGCUGCUGCGCCACAUGCGGGCGCAGAAGGCGGAGUCUGAUAGGCUCAGGCACGAGCUCGAGGAGGCCACGCAUGCCAUGGUCGAGUCGAACGAGUCGGUCGCGACGAGGAUACAGGAGGUGCUGGACGAGGAGCGGGCGCAGGCGGCGGCAGAGCGGCAGGCCCUGCUCGCCCAGAUCGCGCGGCUCGUCAACUCGCAAGCCGAGCAGCAGGAGUCUCGCCUGGCUGACAGGGCCGCCCAGAUCCAGGACGCCAUCCUGGACUCGAACAAGACCCUUAAGGAGAGCGUUGGCGAGUACUCUGCGGGCAUGAACGCGUGGGCCGAGAGGGACAGCAAGGCGCUCGAGGAGGCGAGCACCUCUAGGGAUGCGCUCAAGACUAGGCUCAAGGAUGACUGGACGACGGCAAGCAAGCACAGCACGUCGAUCCAGUCGACCACCAAAUCGGUCCACGCGGAAACCGUACGGGUGGUGGAGGAGCAGAUGCAGGACCUCGACGCGCAGAUGCGAGACCUCGACGACUUUGUCUCGCGGGCCAAGGCGCAAAACGCCAGCCACCAAGAGCGGCAUGCCGAGUCCGUGCAAAACCUGGAUACCGCGGUGGAGCAGUCGUUCAGCAACAUAUCGGGCCACUUCAAGGAGACGUUCGACAGGGUGCAGCACCUCGGCGAGGAGAUGGACGCCGAGGCGCAAAGCUUAGGAGAGGCCCUCGAGCCGCUCGAAGAGGAGGUGUGCCGGCCCCUGGCCGAGCUCCGGGAGGAGGUGCGAAACACGGAGCUGCGCGAGUACGAACCCACAGGGCAAACGCCGGAAAAGACAGAGUACUCGUAUCCCACCAACCUGCCGCGCACCGGGCCGCACGAGGCCCUGCUCGCCGCCCUCCGCGAGUCGCCCACCCCCAAGGCCAGCCCCGCCGUCCUGCCGGACCAGGACUCGACGCCGGUCCGGUCUCCGUCCCGGCCCGUUGGCGCCGAGACUCCCUGCUCGGGCGGCCUGCGCGAGGUCGACCCGAACCUGGGGUCGGGGACUAAGGCGAGCUCGAUACUAUUUGACUCGGCGGCGAGCAUACUGUCGCCCCCGCCGCCGAGCAGCGAUGCGGCCAUGCCGCUGCCGCUGCUCAAGUCGGCCGCGAACACGAGGACCAGGUCGUCGCGGCUGUCGAAGAGGGCGGCGGGGUUGGCAGUUGGCGACGGCGCGGAGAAUCUGCCGCCGCCGCCGGCGUUGAGAAGCUCGACUAGGAGGAAGAGUCCGCGGUUGCAUUAAGCUCAGGCGCACUGUCUUGCGAAUCAUUUGGUCGAUCGUUACCCCUGUAGACUUGGACGGCUCAUUUGUCUGACUGGCGGAUCGGAGUUUGGGGCAUAUGAUAUUUCAAGGCGGAGCGUGGCAAGGCGCUGGAAAAUAGGGUGUUUCUUUUUUGGCUGGUUGGCACUGUCUAAGGUUGUAGGGUUACUCAGCACCGAUACCCGUACGGAUCGACUUGGGGUUUCUUUUGUUCUUUUUUUAUAUUACAGAGCACUGCUGUAAUGGAAUGGCAAGUUCAGGUUACACUU